AUGGCUGUCGCCGGAGCCUCGAGGGACGCUUCGUGCUCGUGCAGCCAGCAGUCCGUUGACCGUCUUCUCGCCUGGUCUUCCCGCUUCGGACUCGCUCCCAAGCGUGUCCUGCCCUCCAGCCACAAAUCCGCGGACCGCCUCGCUGACGACCUCCCGGAUGCUACGUCGCCGUGUUUCUGCAACGUCGGCUCUACUUGUGAUCUCACUGGUUAUGUGCAGAAGGUCUCUGCUGCCAGUGCUGCGCUCUGUUCGGGUUCCCCUUCGUCUCUCCCCACGGGCCCUGUUGAGCAUGUUAGAUCUGUCCUGAACAAUGCCUUUGCUAAUGCUACCGUAUCUGUCGGUGAGAAGGGAGACGGUGUCUACGCUUGGUCUUCUGUCUUUAGUCUUGUCUUUCUCCUGGUCGUUCUCCUGGGUCUUCUCGCGCCGCUUUUCCAAUACUGGCUUGAAAAAGACACCACCCCCGAGGAAGAUGCCCGCGACGUCCAGAUCAAUGCUCUCCAGACGAGGCUCCGCAAGUAUACCAAGAAGGCCGAGUCUUGGGAGGAGGAGACAGCCAGACUGAACGCCGAGAUCGACCACCUCCACGCCUCAAUCAGCAAUCUAAGCGCCUCCUUCAAUCGCCUGUCCAAGCACAACACGGCCAUCGAGGCCUGCAACCAAGAUCUGGAGGCCGAGAACGAGGACGUGUGGCACCGCAACCAAGCCAUCGAGCACGAAAACGUAAACUGGCGCGCGACAUGGACCGCGCUCAGGACCGACAAGGACGCCCUCAGGGCCCAGCUCACCACGCUCCAGGACGUCCACACCCAGCUCAUCACGCACAACAUGGAGCUGCAGGGGACCCUCGAGUACGUCCAGCACGUCUCCACCGCCACGGCGCGCCGCACCAUACUCGCCGACAGCGCCCUCGGCAAUGCAGAGUCUCGCAUCGCCCUCCUCGAAGACCAACUCGAGGACGAGAUCGCAGGCCACGCCGCCCUGCGCGUGCAGACGGCCACCCACGACGAUGCAAUUGCGCGCCUCGAGAAGACCGCUGCGGCCCAGGCCCUCACGCUCGCGCACAGGGACGACCAAAUCAGCGCGCUCCGCGCCCAAGUCUCGCACCUCGAAGGCGCGCGCCUGCGCCACGCAAGAGCCGUCGAGGAGCUGGUGAUUUCACACCUGGGCGGGGACAAUGCCGACCUCCUCGCGUCCAUGGACGACAUCGCGUCUAACCGUGACGACCGGGGCUGGGACUUCGAGGGCGACGAGGCAUUUAAUGCCGUCGCGCUGUCCGACCAGGAUCCCGACAUCGAUAUCCUCUGCGAUUCCGACGUCGAGAUCCUCUCGCGCGUGACUGCUGCUUGGGUCACAGAGUAG